AUGGCAUCGGGCCAGUCCCAGAUAGGCUCGUUCGCCUCUGCCAAGGGGAACGCAACACCAUGCGACAUUGAAGAGCAGGAUCAACUCGAUACUUCAAAUGAGCCACGAAAUAAACAGUCAGUCUUCGCAAGUCUCGGAAUUCUUGAUCGCUUUCUCGCCCUAUGGAUUUUUCUUGCCAUGGCAAUCGGGAUUGUUCUCGGCAAUUUCGUGCCCAGCACAGGACCAACCCUUGAAAGAGGGAAAUUUGUCGGCGUGUCAGUCCCAAUAGCGGUUGGUCUCUUGGUCAUGAUGUAUCCGAUAUUGUGCAAGGUUCGCUUUGAAUCACUUCACCAUGUGCUUCGAGCGAAGGAUAUUUGGAUUCAGAUGGCCUUGAGCCUGGUACUCAACUGGAUUGUUGCGCCAUUUCUCAUGCUGGGUUUGGCCUGGGCCUUCCUCCCCGACGAGCCGGAAUUGCGACAAGGGUUGAUCGUGGUCGGGCUAGCACGAUGCAUAGCCAUGGUGUUGGUGUGGACGGGAUUGGCAGGAGGUGACAACGAAUACUGCGCCAUUCUUGUUGCCGUAAAUUCGAUACUUCAAAUGGUUCUGUUCGCUCCAAUGGGGGUCUUCUUCAUCAGUGUGAUCAGCGGAGAUGAUGUCACAUUCGAAUACGCCAUUGCAGCCAAAAGUGUCGCCGUCUUCCUUGGGAUUCCCCUGGGAGCUGCAAUUCUCACGCGGUUCCUCAUUCGAACAAUUUCCACCCAGUGGUACGACGAGAAAUUUCUGAAAUGGCUCAGUCCAUGGUCCCUCAUUGGACUGCUAUUCACAAUCCUAGUGUUGUUUGCCUCGCAAGGUCGUCAUGUGGUGGAGCAGAUUGUUUCUGUUGUGCGAGUUGCUGCUCCACUGAUUGUUUACUUCCUGAUCAUCUUCUUUGCCACACUGCUCCUUGCGUACUACCUGGGCUUUGGCUACAAGCUCUCGACGGUGCAGAGCUUUACUGCCGCUAGUAAUAACUUUGAGCUAGCCAUCGCGGUCGCAGUGGCUGUGUUUGGUGCUGAUAGUAACCAGGCGCUUGCUGCGACAGUCGGACCGUUGAUCGAGGUCCCAGUACUGCUAGGACUGGUUUAUGCGGUGAAAUGGAUCGCACGACGUGUUGGAUGGAGGGAUUGA